AUGGCGCACGGCAACCCUGUGCCUAAACUCUACAAGUCCAUUAUUGACGAUGUGAUUGAAAGUAUUCAGGACCUCUUUGCAGAAGAGGGAGUAGAUAAACAGGUUUUGAGAAAGCUGAAGGAGCUCUGGGAAACCAAGGUUAUGCAGUCUAAAGCAACCGAAGGCCUCUUCAAACACAGCCACCAUUCUUCACGCUUAACUCUACAUGUUCCACACAAUUUUCAUCAUGUUUUGCAGGCUCCAACAGCUUCUUUAGUUAUCCCAACUGGAGGAGGCUUUCAGCAUUUCAUGGCAACAGACCUGGGUGCUUCACAAAAGGGUGCAACUCUUACUCUCCCUUCCAGUGUUGCUUAUCCCAUACAUGUACCAGCUGGACUGACUCUGCAGACAGCAUCUGGGCAGCUUUAUCAAGUAAAUAUGCCUGUUAUGGUUGCACAUGGCCAAGGAGAUGCAAGUAUUCUGCAGCAUCCUCUUCAGCAGAUGUUUCAGCCCGUUGGCCAACCUUCAGUUCUGAAAACAAACGUUGCUAGUGUUGCUCCAGUGAGAUCUUCUGUCCAGGCAACUGCUGAGACAUUGCAAACCCAGAAGACUGAAGUCCAACAAACUGUGGUGUUUCAACCGAGUACCUUGCAGAAUAAACACCCAGAGAACUCCACCAACACUGUGCUGUUUCAGCAGCCUGCAGUGAGUCGGCAGGAGAUUGCAACUAAUGCAGUGUUAAAUCAGUGUGCAGAGUUAACAGAAAAAUCCCAGUACAGCCGUCUUCAUACAGCUGUGUUUACUUCAGGAUCCUCUGAAGUGUUUUCUCCUGCUGAAUCCUUGGCAAACGACCCAGGCAGUGUGCUGCUGCCAGAUGUGGAGGGGCAGUUAGACAUGAAGCCUCAGGAAUCAGUGCAACAGCAGGUGUCUGAUGUCAUUGAGCUGAUUAUCAAGGGCAAAAGUUUAGAUGAUAAUGCUGCUCUGAAAGACCAGGAUAGCGAGGCUCCCACAGACAAGAUGGAACCUACUGAGCAGGUGGAAUCUGAUUUGCAGUCAGAGAGGGCUAUCUGCAGUGACACUGAAGGCAUAAUUCAGCUAGAUGGAACUUGUGAUGGUUCUCCCAAGAAAGAAGUACUACAUACAAAAGAUACAGAAGAGAAUGAGUUCAUUGACAUUAUUGAAUCAGAGGAUCUGAAGAUUCUGGAGGGUGAAGAAGAUGAAGAAGCUGACAGUAUUUCAAACUCUGAGUCUAGUAGCAGCUGUGACAAUGAAGAGCCCCAAACAGACAUUGUUGAGGAGGACCCAUUAAAUUCUGCUGAUGAUGUCAGUGACCUGGACAUUGCGGACUUGUUUGACACCAACAAUGUGAUAGUUUGUCAGUAUGAGAAGAUACAUAGAAGUAAAAACAAAUGGAAGUUCUUCUUAAAAGAUGGAGUGAUGUCCUUUGAUGGUAGAGACUAUGUUUUUGCAAAAGCUGUUGGAGAUGCAGAGUGGUGA